AUGAGUGCCUUGAAUGACAAUUACACAAUACACAAAGUCUCUCUUAAACGAACUCGCCAAGCGUGUGGUCCAUGUCGGUACGUUCUCUUCUCAAUUAUCAGUAACCCUGACUGGCCGUUGCUCUCCGAGGACUUCUUGAAAUCAGAAGUAGAGACAUACCUUGGAUACUUCCAUGAUCAACCAUACUGUGUCUUCUCCAAGAGUUGGCUACUCGCGAAUGCAGGCUCGCUACCUCCGGAAAUUGCAUUUCCACUGGUAGCCCUUACGUCGCGUCUCACACAUCGCUCGGAUGUUAUAAACAACAGGUCAGUCACGAAGUACUGUACUGGAAAGGCAUGGGAUGUCCUGUCAAAGCAAUACAGAGAUUCCAAAAUGGGGCUUUCUUUUCUACAGGGAACCUUCCUAUUAGCUCAGGUUGACUUUGCUGAUGGUCGAGCCCAACGGGCAUAUGCUUCUGUCGCUCUUGGUAUUCGAACAAUCCAGUCUGCUGGCCUGAACAGGGAGCAGCACGCAUUGACCCUGAAGCACUCCGAGGUAGAAGAAACAAGACGCAUAACUUGGGCAUUCUUCAUGCUGGAUCGCAGUUACAAUGCCUCAAGGAAUUAUUCUACAUGUCUUGCAGACAAACACUUCACUCUCCAGCUUCCGGCGAAAGAUACAGAAGAGCCAGAUCAGAGACAAGGGUCACCAACAAGCGAAAGAUUGCGACUUAGCCCAAGAAUGAUGGGAGAGAACGCGGAUCAGGGCAUCCUGACAUGCCUCAUCAGACUGCACUCUUUAUGGGGCAAAGCUACAGAGUAUGUUUUCGAACCAUUCAGGGAAGACUCAUUGCCCCCCUGGCAAACUGGAUCAACACUCGGAGUCCUAGAGUCAGAAUGGCUAGAUUUUGAGACACAUUUUCCAGACAAGUAUCGCUAUAUAAAUGUGGACUUUAAACGACGUGCUCUCCAAGAUCCCCAGUCUCGCGCCUAUCUUUCCACGUGGUUAAGCUGCCAAUUUCUCCUGCAUUCAAUUCAGUGCAUUCUGCAUCAUCCAUUUUUCACGAUGGCAAAACUUCGCAAUAUGAAAGGAAAUCUCUCUGCAACGUUUUUGCAAAAAUCGUACGAAAGUUCCCUCCUUCAUUCUCGAUGGAUUGCGCGACUGGCCAAGGAAAUGUCCGAGGUUGAUUUCCAAGUCUAUGACCCAUUUCUUGGGUAUCUUGCAGCCAUAGCAGCCACGAUCCAGCUAGAGCACACAGUCAACAAAAAGGCACAAGUUGCUCUGGUGGUAAACGACGAGUUUCGAGUGUUGGUUGAUUUCAUGACUCGUCUGUCCACACAUUGGGGAAGCACGAAGUUCUUGGUUGGUCGUGUGAACGAAAUAGCUGCGCGGCACCGGAAUUAUGGCUCUCUUUAUUAUAAUCAGGACCGAUAUUCCGGGGCUCAUCCCAGCAUGCCCACUACAUUGAAUAUACCACGAAUGUCUGACGAGGACGAAGCGCUGCUGUGGGAGAUUCUUGAUCUCAGUUCGUUUUCUGAUCCUGUUGAUAUGGAAAACCAGGCUUUAAGUCCUUCGUUAGACCAGGAUAUCGGGUUAAGUGACUCACAUCCUGUGGACCAACUACCUAUAUCAGACGUCCAGGGGAUAGACCAGGGCUCCGUUGUUCUUUCUCCCAGUGCAAAACAGCUCCUCGCGCAAAUUCCAGAAUGUGAAAGCGAAUACCCCAUGCGAGGUUGGCCGUUUGCUGGUAGAAAUGGCUGUGAUAAUCUUGGAGAGGGGAUACCUGGCAUUCCUGAUUGGAUGCUCUUGGAUGGUUAUUUAGCAGAGAGCUUAUGA